AACCAGAUCAGACCAGUGAAACAGGACAGCAGAGGGGGGGGGGAGGUGGGCGUGGCAUGGCGGAGCACGGCGAGCUGCUCGGUGAGAUGGCCACGAUUGGGCGUCUUAGCGCCACGGAGCGCUUGAAGCACGCCCAGAAGCGGCGUGCCCAGCAGCUGAAGGGCUGGGCCCAGAUGGACAAGGACAUGGCCCGCGGCGGGGGCAAGGCCGGCCAGAAGGGCGACAAAAAGGGGCGCACGCGCAGGGUGGUUUUCCCCAACAACAUCACCCUGCUGGAGGCUGCAGCGCGCAAUGACCUGGAGGAGGGUGAGUCAGUCAGCACACCACUAUGGGGUGGUUUCAUGACACCUAGCCUAGACACUAAGCCUAGUCUUGGACUGAAAAAAGCAUGCUCAAUGGAGAAUCUCUUAUUAAAAUAGUUUUUAAGUCCAGAACUAGGCUUAGGCUAAUCCAUGUCUGGGAAACGGGCCAUAGAGGUCUUAUUCUACCAAAGGAAUUCCAACUACCCCUUAGAAAAGGCUGCUGUUUUUCACGGUUGCUGUUCUUCAAAGUAGCCUAGCAUGAGUUGUGGCAGGGCAGUGGCACAACACGACCGCGCUAUAAACAGGAAAUCAUUCAUGGCUAUUUUAUGUGAGACGCGUCAUACUUUUAAGCUUAUCAGACCAAGCAUUUGGUUUUAAUGGUGUUAUUAUUAGCAUACAUGAUUAUGGCUAAUUCUAGUGGUAACUUGAACUUUUGCGUGCAUUGCAAGAGCAGAGGUUAUCUGAAAUUGUACAACUGCUGGGUCUAAUCCUAUAUUCUGAUUGGUUAAAACCACAUUCCAGACGGUUUCUAUUUCACAAGUUACCACCAGCUAAAGCUAUGACUUUGUAACUCUUAUUUACUGUUCCAUCUCACUGCAAGAGACAGGCAAUUUGUAAAGUUGAUCUCCACUGUAAAACUCUAGACAUUAUUUCCUCUUUUAAGACUAGCAUUUUGUGUGUAGAUGUGUGUGUAUUGUUAGAUAUACUACUGCACUGUGGGAGCUAAGAACACAAGCAUUUCGUUACACCCGCUAUAACAUCUGCUAAAUAUGUGUAUGCGACCAAUACCAAUUUUAUUUGAAGACUAGUAUUUGGUUUUCAACAGCAGAGAUUUGUAUAAAUCUUGCUGUCUGUCUCUCGACUUUGUCUCGGGCCUAACAACACCUGUGCCAAUAUAUCCUCCAAACACCGGCUUCUCUGGCAUUAUCACUUAACUAAGAUUCAUAGCAUCACUUACUGAGUCUUAGUGAAUAACGGCCAUGUUGUGAAUGUUUCUCUGCAGUGAGGGAGCUGCUGAAUGGUGGAGUCAGUCCAGAUCUGUACAACGAGGACGGACUCACUGCCCUGCACCAGGUACACACGCGCUCGCACACACAGUCCGACGUCUACCCGAUUGGUCACCGUGUGUGUUUUAUGUUUAGUGUGGUUCUCAGCACUGUAAGUACUGUCUGUCUGUGUGGUGUCUAUCUAAAAUCACAGUUUACGUGAACACUGUAGAAUGUUUUCAUAUUGCUUCUAGGGCUAGACAUGUAACUGCUGCUCUCGACUGGACUGGACUGGCUCUUACUUACAUUCCUAGACCGUUGGGAAGGAUAGAUUUAAUGACGGCCCCCUUCAUAGCACUUCUGUGUUGUGUUUGGAAACGUCUACCAACACAACACCAAGAAAAUACACUGCUCUCUUUCAAGUCAGAAAGACACAGACCCUAUACACACACACACACACACACACUGUAAAUGCAUAAGAGUGGCACUAGAGAGCACAGUGCUCUCUUUAUAGUAUUUCUUCUCUCCAGAAAAAUAUCAUAUGUUUACUUAGUAAAGGGCUGGAGGCCUGGACCUAUGCAAAUUCAGUUUACACUGCAGUUGACAGUAAACCCAUGGAUGUGCAGAAGUGUGUUUAUUAUGCCCCUUGUGUGUGUGUCUGUGUGUGUGUCUGUGUGUGUGUCUGUGUGUCUGUCUGUGUGUCUGUCUGUGUGGUGUUCCCCCUGCAGUGCUGCAUUGAUGACUUUGUGGCGGUGGUACAGUGUCUGUUGGACGCUGGGGCCAGUGUGAACGCCUGUGACAGUGAGCUGUGGACGCCGCUCCACGCCGCUGCCACCUGUGGACACACCGGCCUGGUGCAGCUCCUGGUGCAGUCGUGAGUCACAUUAUAAACACUUCAACCUGACACACUCUCAGUGCACUGCUAGUCACAGAAAUGUACACUCAGUAACAAUAUACUGUGCAGAAUGCGGAGGACUUUUUGACCCAGUCCUCUGGGUGAACUUCCAACAACUUCUUAGCCUUUCUUCACAGGUGCUAUCAUACAAUUCAAGGACAUCCUUAUAGUUUCCAAGGUGUGAUAAAGAUGUGUUUGCCACUGGUGUAAUGUUCUCCUUGUCUGUGUCCAGUGGAGCAGAGCUGCUGGCUGUCAACGCUGAUGGCAACAUGCCCUAUGACCUUUGUGAGGACGAGGCCACACUGGAGCUGCUAGAGAUGGUCAUGGCAGAGCAGGGUCAGUAGAGGGCCCAAAAACCAACCUGAACCCCCCCCCCCCCCCCCAAACUUAUCCUCUCAUCACAUUUCCAACCAUACACUCACCCUGUCACCAUGGCUACAGCCCUUAGCCGCAGCCCUGUAACCAUAGCUACCUAGAACUUAUUGUGAUUAGUUGCAAUCCCUUCUAUGACCCUUAGAUAAACCCAGUCCAAGUCAAAUGUAGUCAAAUCAAUGAUGGUCUUUGUGGAAAUCUGUAAGAACUCUGUGUUAACUUGCUGUGUGUCUGUGCAGGUAUAACCCAGGACCGUAUAAACCAGUGUCGUGGGGCUAAGGAGAUGGAAAUGCUGACGGACAUUCAAGUGCUGGUCCAGAGUGGAGCGGACUUGAACACUCAGGAUGACAACGGGGCCACACUGGUGAGACACUCGCAUUCAAAUCUUUUUUUUACAAUUCUUCUCCUCUAAUCAGGGACUGAUUUAGACUUGGGACACCAGGUGGGUGCAAUUAUCAGGUAGAACAGAAAACCUGUAGUACUCUGAACCUCGUAGUGUAGGAUUUGAAUACCCCUGCUGUAAACCUGGGAAGAUAAAGGUCAAAUACAGUACUUAAAAACAGCACCACGGUUCACAUCGCACUACGGUUUCAGCUUUGCAACAGCAGCACAGCGUGUUGAACUUCUAGUCUCGUAUUAUGAUCAUAUCUUCACCUCACCACUGGGAUGAAAGGUUGACUGUAAAAAAUCCACCUCCAGCUGCACAUAGCGGCGGCUAACGGCUACUUAUCGGUGGGGGAACUGCUACUGGAGCACAGGGCCAAUGUGGAGCAGCAGGACAUGGACGGCUGGACAGCACUCCACGCCGCCUCCUGCUGGGGACAGGUCAGUAUUGUAGCACUCAGAGAACAGGCUAGAAUGAAUCCACAGCCCCCUUUCUCAACGAUCAUGUUAUGCUAUGCUAAUUAGCUGGUUCACUGACCUGAUUGUGCUGGUGUGUCUGUUUCCCCAGAUCCUAAUGGUGGAGCUGCUGGUGGCUCAUGGGGCCAGUCUCAACACCAAGUCUGUCCUGGAAGAGACGCCGCUGGGUAAGAACACAACAUUUUUACAUUUGACAUUUUAGUCAUUUAGCAGACGCUCUUAUCCAGAGCGACUUAAGAUAGCUAGGUGAGACAACCACAUCACAGGCUUAGAAAGUACACUUUUCCUCAAUAACGUAGCUAUCAGUAGAGUCAGAGCUAGAAGGGGGGUCAAGUGCUGUUAAUUAAAAUAAAAAAAUAUUAAUAAAAAAUGUGUUUUACCCCUGUAGUUACUGUGGAGACGUGAAGGGCAAUGACACAGAACCCUGGUAUAGGUUGACUUAUUAACUGUUAUCUUGGUAGAUAAUUGUUAUCCACACACAGCAUCACCAUGUAUCAGAGAGUGUAAGCCUGAAUGGGGAAGGAUUCAACAGAAAUGUCUUCCGCAUUUAUCCCAACCCCUCUGAAUCAGAGAGGUGCGGGGGUCUGCCUUAAUCGACAUCAUCGGCGUCCGGGGAACAGUUGUUGUUGGGGGUUAAGGGCAGAAUGGGGAUGACGUCCUGACUGUAGUGUUUUCUGUCCGUGGCAGAUGUGUGUGCGGACGAGGAGGUGAGAGCCAAGCUGAUGGAGUUGAAGCACAAACACGACACCAUCAUGAAGAGUCAUGACCGACACAAGGGCACCUUGCAGAGACGAGCCUCCAGCACUGGCAGCAGAGGGUGAGUGGGGGGGUGAACAAGUGAGCGGAUUAGUUCAAGGUUUAAAGAUGGAAGGUUAAGAGUAGAUUAGGGUUUUGUUAAGACACAAGCAAAGCCUCAACCUCUUGUCAGCUUGUAGCUGUGUACAGUGUCUCUGUCUGUCGUCUCCUGUCUGAGCAGUAAGGUGGUGCGGCGUGUGAGUGUCAACGAGCGUUCCAGCCUGUACCGGCGGGAGCACCACAAGGAGGCCAUGGUGUGGCAGGAGAGAGGCCGGCAGGCCGAGCCGCAGGACAACGAUGAGGACAGACAGACGGACAACGAGCUCCACCAGCAUGCUGCCAUGGUAAGUGGUGCUGUAUUACGGCUGUCAUAGCAACAACACCAGGACAAACUGCAACCAUGUUCAGUUAACACUGAAAAUAGAGGAUAUGAUUCAUAAUUGAUAGGUGAAUGUGUCAUUAACUCUCUUGCUCUGGCUUUCUCAGGCUGCAGGUGCCAUGUCGAGGCCGGAGAAUGAGGAGGGAGCGGAGAGGAAGUCUAGUCUGGGGAACGGUGGGACGCCCCUGGCCCUCUCGGCGUCCGUCCCGGGGGUGCAGUGGAGUGGAGGCCCGAUGGACCGCAGUGCUUCCUACCAGCUGAACCCUGCCUCAGGGUCUGGGUCUGGGGAGGGAAGGGACAGCAUGACCCAGGAGAAAUCCCACCAGACUCUAGCGGACCUGAAACGCCAGCGGGCCGCAGCCAAGCUCAACAAGUGCCCCGCCCUACCUCUGCCCCCUCCCUCAGAGGAGGAGCCCCCCUCUCCCGCCCCACUGCAGGAGGUGACCCCCUCCCGAGCCGCCCAGGAGACCCCCAGCACAGAGGAGGUGGCCUUUCCCAGCUCUGUGUACUUCACUCCAGCCAGCGGGGACCCGCCCCUGCUCAAACUACGAGCCCCAGAGGAGGACACCUCCAACAACACCAAGGAGCCCUGCUGCAGAAUCAUGUAGAGCCACACAAACACUCCUAAGCACCCACUGCCUGACUGGGAAUGAAAGUGGGCGAUAUGUAACACUCCUAUGUGGCAAACCGAUUUCAAAUCAAAACACUGGUGACAACCAGAUAUACUUUUAAGGAUUCAUUGCAGUUUGAUUCAUUCUAAGCUUAUUAUUUGAUUCCAGCGUUAAGCGCCUACUUCCAAUAAUGAUAUGCUGUUGAAUGUUUGGUCCAAACUCCAUUUUAGUAAAUGUAGUAAUACAUUUAUCUUCUUGCACAGAUUUAUUUUCAACUCUCCUUCCUGAAAAAUCUAAAACAAGAUUUAUGUAAUGGAGAGAAUGUAAUACAUUUCCAAUAUAUGAGCACCUAACAUAACGCUCCUAACGUUCCUCAUUGCUCCUCUGUUGAGGAGGGUGUGGCCAGAGCCGUAUAUUUACAUAUGGAUAUUGCUCUGAGUCUAUUUGGACCUCAAGGAGACCUUAUAUGGCCACCUGGUGGCGUUUUAGGCUGUGUGUAGAGACUUACAGAUACCAGUAUUAGUCUUGCAAUAGCACUGAGUACUUUCCUCUUAAGUCCCUUUUUUCAUGUGUGUUUGGGGCAGUUCAAUCAAGAGUCCUCACACUAGGCUGUAUCAAGCACAUAAUAUAUGAAUUGGAUUUGCAUAUUCAAAGCAGGAAGGGGCUAGAGCAGAAUGAACCCAAGCUGAUUAUUAUGCUUUCUUAUUUCAAGCUGAUAAUCGGACCAAUGAAUGAUCUUUCCUACUCAUGAUUGACUGAACAUGAUUUGAGAUGUGCACUGUAACUUGAUGUGCACUGUUGAUUUGAAGGGAAGCACAGAUGAUGAUUUCCUAAAGUGAUUGAUACGAAAGGGUACAUGAUAGCAUUUAUUGAUCUUACAGUGCAUUCUGAAAGUAUUCAGACCCCUUGACUUUUUCCACAUUUUGUUUCAUUACAGCCU